AUGCGCACUGUUCUGAUACCGACUGGUCCUCCCGGCGCUGGGAAGUCCACAUUCUGCAAUGGCCUCCAACAAUUUAUGCGCGCAGUAGCUCGGCCAUGCUCUGUGGGAAAUCUGGACCCGGCAAACGACAACAUCCCAUACGAUGCAGAUUUUGAUGUCCGAGAAUUGGUGAAUGUGGAGGAGGUGAUGGAGCGGGAGGAACUGGGACCGAACGGUGGCGUCCUAUGGGCGAUGGAGGAAGUUGAAGCCAAUCUGGACUGGCUGCUAGAGAGACUCGAAGAAAGCGGUACGUUGGUUCUUUCCGUGAAGUCGUAUCUCAGCUGAUGGGAUGUCUAGAGGAGACAAUACUUCUGGAUCCUCCGGGUCAAGCGGAACUAACGACACAUCACACCGCCCUCCCACGAAUACUACAGCGAAUCGAGAGAGCUGGCUACCGCGUAUGUUUUGACGUAAUAUCCCGAAAGACGCCGCUGACUGACGAUGCAGUAGAUUGUCAUCAUUCAGCUGCUCGACUCGGUGGUCCUGACUCGACCCUCGUUAUACCUGAGCAGCUUGAUCUUGUGCCUGCGGGGAAUGCUUCAUCUGCCAUACCCAAUCGUGAACGUCUUCACCAAGAUUGACAAUCUCAAAUCAGUUGGCGGAGCCGACCUACCAUUCAAUCUCGACUACUACACCGAAGUGCAAGACUUGCAUCAACUAUUACCUGCCCUCUCCGCGGAACUCCAGGCAACUCCGGCUGGCUCAUCCGACAAAUGGGAUCGUCUCAACGAAGCCCUUAUAUCGCUCAUCGAAGACCAAGGACUGAUCGGCUUUGAGACUCUGGCUGUAGAAGAUCGCCAAUCAAUGGCAGCUCUACUCCGCGCCAUCGACCGGGCUUCGGGAUAUGUAUUCGCGGGAGCACGAGCGACAGACGAGCAAGGACGGACGCUUUCGGACGAGGCCAGUAUCUGGGCGCAGGCUAUGAGCGAAAACUACGGCAAGAUGGAGGUCAGGGAUGUGCAGGAGAGAUGGAUCGAGAGGAAAGACGAGUAUGACGAGAUGGAGAGGAAGCAGUGGGAAGAAGAAGCGAGACUCGUAAGUCGUCCUCUGUCUCAAAACGAAUCUCAUGGUAGCAUGUACUGACUUCGGCUACAGGCUGGUGCUCUACCUGAACAGCCCGCGGCAAAGGUCAAACGAAGGGCCGAUGGAGACGCUGAUAUGGUUGACGUUGACGAGGAGGAUGGGCUCCUUGCAGAGCAGCGUAAAUGGCAAGAACAACAGGCAAGACAAGGACAAAAUGCCGGUAGUACCAAUGUCGUUCGAAAGUCAUGA